UUUCGACUUAGGAUCAUUUUUUCCUUUCCCUGCGAUCAUUGACACCUAAACAACAUCCAAUACAACCACAACAUCAUCUUGUAUUCUUCGAAUCAACAACACCUCGUAUUCCUGUACCUCAAUCGCAUCAUCACCCUGCAACUAAACUACAAUUCUAGGGUUUGUAAGCAUAGUAAUGAGCUGGCGCAGAAUAGCAAAAUCUUUACAGGCUUUCUGCGCUCAUACUUCACUCUUCUCCUUCACCCUCUUGCUGGUUCUCAAAUUGGAUCAUCAUAUCUUCUCUUCUUGGUGGUAUUUCUUUGUGAGAUGCCUUUUUUUCGCGAGCCGCUUGGAUACUUUUCUUCACCUCGACCCUUUGUUGUUGGAUGAAAUUGAAUGUGUCAAUUUUCGUCCCAAUUUCUUCCAACUGGUCGGAGUACAAACCUUUACCCGAAGCCGAACUAGGGGCCGAACCCGAUGCCGAGCCCGAUUGCUUUUUUGAAGUGUCUACCGGGUGUGCGGGAAAGAGAAUCCUUAUGGAUUUUGCUUUUGUAAUGUUGUUGCUUUGAGAUGAUAAUCAAAGGGUCCCGCUAUACAAACACGGAGCCCAAGGCUUGCGUGUCACAUCAUAUCAAGAGGGGGCUGGAAAUUUUAAAGAAAGAAAUACGGCGGACUCAAUACAUAUAAAAUUUUAGGAUAUUUUCGAUGAAAUUUACACUUUUAAGCAAUGUUUUAAAAACCGGUAAAUACCGGCCGGUUAUACCGGUAUUACCAUUUUCAUAUAUAAAUCCGGUACGAAACACCCCGGUAAAUAAGUGAAACGGCAUAAGGUUUGUACCGGCGGUAAAAUCCGGUAUACCGGUUUGAAACGUAAUACCGGUAUCGGCUCAUGGUUAUUUUAGUUUGGGUUGUUACUUAUUUUUAUUAUAUAUGUUACUUAUCUUACGUAAUUUUUAUAUAUUAUGAUUAUUCGUAACUAAAAAUUCUUAUUUAAUAUUGUAUGAAGCGAAAAUAGUUGAUGUAUUCAACACUCAAAUGACUUAAACAUAUCGUACACUUUCAUUUAAAAGAGCUUUUUGGAAAAUUGAAUGGUUUUCGAUUAUCUUCUAGACUAUUUUAUAUUAUGGAUUUACUUUUGGAUCAUCUUUUAAUAUGUAAUUAUGCAUUUUUGGAUUAACUUUUGAGUUGAUGUUGUAAUUUAUGAAUUUAUAGAGUUAGCUAGUCAACCCGGCUGAACCGCUCGGUACAACCUGGUUCAACCGGUUGAACCAUUUUUUAGCCUUUUCCGGUUUGAUUUAAAAACCGGUUUUUAAAACAUUGCAUCAUACGGGCCUUAUGAUAGGGUGAAAAAGGUGUUACGGGCGUAUCACUUUGUCAGUCAUGAUAUAAGUCAUUCUUUUUGUAGUCAAACACAUCAUACGGGCGGUAUGAUAGGGUGAACCCUAACAUACUAUGAAUUUCCAGUGGUGUGUGUAUGGUGUGUCGGUGGUGUUUCUAUAGCGGCGGUAUAAUCAAAGGGCCUCUUUUUUGGAAUGAAAGGAUUAAUUUGUACUAUUCAAUUGAUUGUUUUCUCUCCACUUUUCGUAUUUCAUUUAGUUAUAGCCCGAGGGAGAUUCUCUUUGCCUGCGCCAUCAACUCCCCAAAACCGUCACUGGGCACCAUGUCAUUCAGUUGUGGGCAUGGCUUUGCUUGUUGCAUUUGAACUACUUCUUUGCGUCUUUUUGGAGAGCGUAUAUGUUAUGAAAGUUCCUGCUGUAAGCUUGAAGAUUGUCUUUCUUCCUUUGUUGGCGUUUGAAUUAAUAAUUCUUGUCGACAAUGUGAGAAUGUGCAAGGCGUUACUGCCAGUAAACGAAGAACAUUUGACUGAUGAAGCGAUAUGGGAGACACUUCCUCAUUUUUGGAUAUCUAUUUCAAUGAUCUUCUUCAUUGCUGCUACGUUGUUCACCCUUUUGAAGCUAUGUGCAGGUGAUGUAGGCACUUUAGGCUGGUGGGACUUGUUCAUAAACUUUGGAAUUGCAGAGUGCUUUGCGUUUCUUGUUUGCACAAACUGGUCUAAUCCAACUAAUCAUAGAAACCACCAAUCACAUUAUGCCAGCACAUCAUCAUCAUCAUCAUCAUCAUCAUCAUCAAAUAUUAGAUAUCUUGACUGGAAUAGCGGCCUAUUAGUUUCUUCAAAUAAUAUCCAUAUGAAUAGAGUAAGCAGAUUGCAGUAUGCCGGUGGUCACAUAACAAAAGUUCCCGUUAUUGUGUUUCAAAUACUUCUUUGUAUGCACUUAGAGGAUCUGGUUUCUGAAAAUUCCUUGACAAAAGGCAUGAACGUAAGUUACGGUCAUUUUGAGUUUCAGAAAACACCUGCGGCUGCCGGUUUUAUCCCUCUACCGAUUGUCUUCUCUCCGUUACUUGUACUUCAAGGAGCAGGAGUUGUAUUUUCUGCAUCUAAAUUGGUGGAUGAAUGCAUCAAGUUACCGCAUACUGGGCCCCACACAGGACGAUUGUUAGACUUUUCGUCUGAAACUCAUGACUGCUUUGGGUUUUUGUACGGUGGAUCUAGGUUGAUUGGUUGGUGGUAUACUGAUGAAGAAAGUCGAGAAGAACAAGCACGACUUUACCAUGCUGGCGCAACUGGAUAUAACACUUUCUGUGGAUAUCCACCUGAAGUAGUAAAGAAAAUGCCUAAAAAGGCUCUCACUGAAGAGGUUUGUAGACUUCAGGCUGCACUUUGUGAGCACACUGAAAUCACUAUUAUCAGCCAACAAGAAUAUGAAACACUUCAAAAUGAAAAAGUUCUGUGUCGGGUCUGCUAUGAAAGAGAAUUAAGCGUAGUACUCCUUCCGUGUCGGCAUUGGGUGCUUUGCAGUAAAUGUUCUGAAAAGUGUAAAAAAUGCCCUAUUUGUCGUGUUAACAUCGAUGAGCGGUUACUUGUACAUGAUACAUAGAUAGUAGAUAGUUUAUAAGACUUUUUGCUGUGUUUUAUUGGGCAAAAGAUAAAUAUAUGGAUACAAAUGUUUAGUAGUACAUCUAAGAAGUUGUCACUUCAUUAUUCUUGUAUACAAACAAAUGUUACAACUAUAAUCCAUUUAUACUUGAUUUCAAGAA